GAGAGGGGGGCGGGAGAGGGGCGGCCGCGCCCCGCUGCCUCCGUUCCCUCCGUUGUCUCCGUCGGUUCCGCGCCCUCGGGCCGGGACACGGAAGGAGGAGAUGGAGGAGCCGCUGUGCUGCUGCGAGUACGUGGACCGCAGGGGGGAGCGGAACCACCUGGCGGCGUGCUGCUGCGACUGCCAGGAGCUGGACGAGUCCUGCGACAGGUGGCUGAGCUGCAGGUCGCUGCCCCCCGGAGCGCUGGAGAGAAUCGCCGACACUAUCGCGGACCGGUGCCGCGUGCCGUGGUUUGCCGGGGCCGUGAAGGUGAACGUCAGCCUCGUGCCGCCCAUGGUCCUGCUCCCCGUCUUCCUGCACGUCGCGGCUCUGCACUUCUUGCUGGGGCUGGUGGUGCUGACCUCGCUCCCCGCCGUGGUGCUGUGGUAUUACUACCUCACCCACAGGAGGAAGGAACGGACUCUCUUCUUCCUCAGCCUGGGACUGUUCUCCCUGGGCUACAUGUACUAUGUCUUUCUCCAGGAGGUGGUUCCUCGAGGCCACGUGGGGUAUUCCCAAGUGGCGCUUCUCACCUGUGGGCUAAUUCUGAUGCUGGUGGCUUUAUCCAGAGCCAAGAAAGACCCUGGCUACCUUCCCAUCUCGACGGCUGAUGACAAGCCAUCGCAGCAGGCUUUUCCCAGCAAGAAUGUACGAGGGAGCUCCAACGGGCUCCAUGGAGCUGCUGCCAGCGGCCAUUCUGUGAAUGGGGAGAGCAAAGGCCACUCCAGAGCGCUGGCUGAGGGGCGGGAAGGUGUGAAAAUGGACUGGUGUGCCAAGUGCCAGCUGGUCAGGCCGGCCCGAGCGGGGCACUGCCGGCUGUGCGGCAGGUGUGUGAGGAGACUGGAUCAUCACUGUGUCUGGAUUAACAGCUGUGUAGGGGAGCAGAACCACCAUGCAUUCAUCCUUGCACUGUUGUUCUUCAUGCUCACCUCCCUGUACGGGAUUAUGUUAACUCUGGACACCAUCUGCAGGGGACGAACCCCAUUCACAGCAUUGUUCUACUGCCCUGGGGCCUAUUCUGACUACAGCUCUGCUCUGUCGUUCACCUGUGUGUGGUACUGUGCUAUUGUAACAGCUGGCAUGGGAUACAUCCUCCUUAUCCAGCUGUUGAACAUCAGCUACAACGUGACCGAGAGGGAAGCUCGGCUGGCUCUGCGGGACAACGCUGGGCGCAGGCUUCUGGGUGGGUUAGUGAUAGACACUGGCCAAUAUAACAGGGGCUUUCUAUGCAACUGGGGCCAUUUCUUGAGUCUGGGUUCUCCCCCCCAGCAGCGCUCUGCUGAAGACAUUGUGUGACACCCUUUUUUCUGCAGAUGACGUUGACUGACUUUCCUUAGUAGGGGAACGGCCCCCUUCCACUAGAACUUCCUCCUCCACAUCCUUCCUUCGUGGUCGUGGUCGGUGUAUGGGCUGCCCAUCCCAUCGCAGACAUCAGAGGCUUUCCCAAGCAGAAACGGUUCUUUGUGUGCCAUCAGCCAGCAAUAGGAUGCGGAAAGCAGUAAAGCCAUAUGCACAAACCUGGAGAGCGGGAACCCGCUGCCUUUCUGCACCGUGGGAAGCUUUGUGCAGCCCGGCAGGAAGAAGAGCGCGAGGUUAUGAGAACUUGAGUUUAAUUAGGUGUGAACUCUGGCAUCAGGGGGAACCUGCUGUUGGAUUUCAGACUGUAUGCUGUGUCUUGCAGCUUAAGGGAUCUCUGGUUUGUAUCUACGUUCAAUGCUUCUGUGUUAUUAGAAGAGUGAACUUUAAUAUAUAGAAAACGGAUGGACUGGUGCAGAAGCCAUGCUGUUGAGCUGGAAAACAAGGAGUCUGCUCAGGCAGUCGCUGAGUGCUCCAUCAUCUCUGGUGCAGUUUUCUUUUUCUUCUAUCCCAUCCAGCUGUAUACGUGCUAUUGCUUGUAUUAAGUGCCUUUGUGAGCAACAUUCCUGUAGGGCAUUGUAAGAUCUUCUCAUCACUUGACCCGUCUCUCUGACUGGGUGAGAAGAGUGUCAUCUUUGAUCUCAUCAUUCUUUUUUGUAAGCUGAGUUUGUGUUGGUUUGAUGGCUUGUCUCAUCUUCCUCAAAACAUUUCUGCUCUGGUAAUGGAUUCUGACGUGAGACAGCCGGUGUAAAUAUACAGAGUAAGAAGGAGAAUGUUUUGAAGAAACAUGUGACGCUCGACUGUGAGGGGAGAACAGACUGCUGCCUGAUGUUGUUGCUUUACAGGAGCUGCCCUACUCCCUCUCAAGGAGAGUCUGUGGGAGAAUUGACUUUGUUGCUAAUGGCUUUGGUAGGCAACGUUGCGAUUAGUUGUGUUGCUAACAAGUGUGAUGCGGUCUUCUCUGAACUCAAUCUGCUGGGAGUUGCCCUGUUGCCUGACUGUGGUGUUCUCAAGCCAGGAAGCUGAGGAACAGUUUGGUGUCUGCAUGUGUAGAGAGUUGGAGAGGAUGCUUUGGGGCUGGCAGCUUCUGGGGUAGGUGGACCCACAAUGGCAGGUAGAUGAAUGUGUUAACCAUUCUAUAAGAAGGCUGCAUGUCUUUCAGUGGCCUGCAACUGUAUUAUUGCCUAGACUUCAGUUCCAACUGAAAUCACAAGGUUGUAGUGGUGAUGGUUUCUACUUUAUUUUUGGGGGAUGGGGCUUUUGUUUUUCAUUUAAAAUCCUUUCUGUGUGUUGGCCCUGCAGAAACAUCUGGCUGGAAAAGUCUGGGACCAUGGUGUGAGAGAUAUGGCUUGAGUCUAAGAUGCAGAAGCAGUGGUAAGAGCCUCCUCUUAGUUAAUGAUGCCUUCAGAUACAUGUGCGAUUUGCACAGAUCAAACUCGUUCUGCUUCUGCUUGUGUGGUAGGCAACUAGGGGGUGUUGUGCUUGUGUGAUGCAAAUUCAGUGUGCGCUGUUGUACAUACUGUCUAAAGAAUAGAUGGUACGUGGUGCUAAGGGACAGCAGAACUGGGACUGUCCCUUGAGAUCCCUGCCAUAUUUGGUGCGUAUGCUCCUGAGUAUGUGUCCCAGUUUAAGGUAAAGAGCAUGCACCACUUUGCACUGUUUGGUUUCCUCAAGUGGCGCCUACAAUUUCUAUAACCAGCAGAUAACACCAAGGAGCAGCUGCACUUGGAAUGUGGCUGUUCAGAAACAGCUACUGAUUCACUGAACGUCCUUUAUUUCUUCUUAUCCCUUUUCAACCAGUGAGCAGCUCUUUAAAGGAAGCAAAGGAGGCACCUCUUGUGCUUCCUGCCUCUUGUCUGAACACACUUAGAUUUCUGACAACUUCCCUGGCAAUAGUGUGAAGUAAAAGGCACUCGACUGGACUCUACUAUUUCUUUGGCAGCUAAGCAUGAUCUCCUCACUGUUUGGAGCUGGAGUCUGACCCUAGAAGUUUAGCUUUACACAGAGAUCUCUCCUCCGUGUGAGUUAUCUGUAAACGCUUCUGUGGAACAUAUGCAUUUUGCAGUGCCUGCUGAGAUGAGCUGAAGCUUGGCAGCCCUGGAGACAGGGUUAGCAGGCUUGUGAUCUUCCCAAACCUUGUUCUGCUGCCAUAUGGGAAGAUGAAGCCAGAAUGAGCUCCUGGACUAAACCCCUGCUGUGAAGGUAGCCAACCUUUCUGCUCCUCUGAGUUACGUGCACAGACAUCAAUCACACCUGCAGACUGAACAAGCUCUAGCAGUGCUCACAGGUUUCAUGAUGAGUGGUUCUGCUCUGGGUUGGGAGGGAGCAGAGUUGGGCAGGUGACAGAUGCAUUCUCCUGGCAGCUGGCUGACCCUAUUGUACUCAUUCUCUCCCAUGGGUGGGUUUUCAUUAUUUGCAGCCUGCACAUCAGUGUGGCCUUGUCCCUUGCUUUUUAAUGAGCUUUGGUGCAGGAGAAUUUAAACUACUUACACCGAGGCUUUCUUAGUGCAAUUGUCAGUGUAAGCUUGAGUGCAUAUUAGGAAUCAAGGAUGCUGGGCUAUUGUAACCCUGCCAUGCUUGAUCAAGCCCAUUCCAAUAUAGCAUAUAGGGCAAAGUGCUUGAGCUAAGUUCUAUUUUUGCACCCUAUCCAGAGUCACAAUCGUUCAUGACAAUAAAAUGCUUCCAAGACUGGGUUUUUGUAUGAGGAGAGCGCAGUGCUGAUUUUCCAGUGAGCAGGAAGUUCACUUCACUGUAGUCUGCAUAGCAGUGGUGGCUUUUUCUGUAGGGAUGUGGCUUUUGUUUUACCCUUCUGGUUUCUUGCUGAGGGGAUUUACUUUGUGAAUACCUUUGGAGAUAGAAAGCACGAUACAUCCCUAUCUGAAAGGGUAGAAAUGUUGAAAGCUUCAGAUACAUGCACUGGAGCUCUCCUUUUAAUAGCCUUCAGAAUUAAGAAGCCCUUAAAGGGCAGCGCUUCCUGUUUCACUUAUAACAUAGGCAGGCUGCUGUGAUAUCUUAUGCAUUAAAGGGCAAUUUUUGUUUUAAAUUUUAUUGCUGAGCUCAAUGUUGGCUGUGCUGGGAGGAUAAUGUUAAAAACAAGUGCAGCCUGGUAGGGUUAGAGAGUCAGUCCAUAAAACCAGUAAAACAGCAUUGCGUCAAUGUGGCACUAAGAAAAUGGUACGUGGCUGCUCAUUUCAGAGUCUUCUGUGUGAGAGUACCCAGAGAAAAUAAGAAACAGGGAAGUAUUUGAGUAGUAUCUAGCUUAGAUGUUUCUUCACCCAGACUUAGAAAUGGGUGAGUCCUGCUUUAACCAAGACCUUUAGUUGUUUCAGGACUAGGUUUGGUCUUAUUGAAGGGUCAGGGUUCUAAUGUUGCUGCUGUCCUAGUGUUAAGCCCUCUGUGUACAAAUACAAGCACCCUGUUGUUUGGUGACUGUACUUAGAGCUGUACACCAUUAGAUACACUGUGCAAAUGGUGGCUUGGCACUCUUAACUUUGUCAUCUUAAACUGAGCUGCUUUUUGUAGGCGAGUCACAGGUCCCCACAUAGACUGUUUCUCCAUUUAACUUGUCUUCAGAUGGCAGGAGUCACUGGUGAGCCCAAGUUGGUGCUGCUUGUGAUUUCUUACCAUAUUUAGCCUUCAUGCUAUGAUGGUGCUUUUUCAAAGUAGGUUGCUUUUAAGUGUCUUGAUGGAAGCCAUUUGCUAAAAGAGUUCUUCUAGAGUUAAAAUGGAUACUGCCUCAUUGCCUAAUGUCUUAAUGUGCUUGACAUUUCCCUUCUGUAUGAAUGUAUAUUGCCUCAUUAGGGCAGAAAGCGUGUGUGAUUAUGGAUGUUUUCCUAUAUUGCUUUCAGUGAAGAACUGUUUUCUUAAGACUUUCUCCUGCUAGUAGGGUGUUUGUACAGCAAAAAUCUUCGUACGGGUGAGGUUCUUUCUGACAUGUGGAAAUUCAGCCUCCCAGAAUCUUCAUGAACUGCAUUUAAUUACAGUAUUAAAAAUGACAUGCUCUGGAAGAACUGUCUGCCUUGGAGAGUGGAGUGUAUCUUGUGUGAGAUUUUGUUUUUCUUUUGGUUUUUCUUUUCUCCCCUGCCAAAGCUUUAGAAAGAAUUCUAUCAAAUGUUUGUGAGCUUUGUUGAAAGGACUGGUGUGUGUGUGUGUGUUUGUCCCCACAGUACAUUGUAUCCAAUGAUUUCAUAUAGAUGCGAUUAUAAAUCGAAAUAAAUUAUCAGAAAUCA